AAAUUUCAUUUCCAGCUUUCUAGUUUAGUGACCCUUUACCAUUCUUUUUAGUUACGGGAUCACUUCAGUUGCAGCUUCUUGUUAACCACAUGGCCUCCUCAUGAUCAGAGAGAGGCUAGAGCUAGUAACAGUGAGUGUCUGCAGGCAUGAGCUGGAGGAGCACGCAGUCCAGUAUUAGUGGAUAUGGUGGCUAGUCUGCAGAGGGAGCUGGAUAAUGCUAGGGUACUUCGUUGAUAGAUUUGCUGAAUCAGCGAUUAUCAGCGGGCACUCGACUGAGACAACGUGAAGUGUUGCAUAUCUUCUCUGCUGUUGCUAAGGCCGUUGCUAGGCUACACCAUCGGACAAAACCCACCAUACAUCGUGACGACCUCAAGAUUGAGAACAUACUCCAUGACUCUGUGCACGACACAUACAUACUCUGUGACUAUGGAAGCUGUUCACUCAAGAGCAUGUAUCCUGAGGAGACGGGUGCCACGGAAUGUUCUGAUGAGAUCUCACAAUUCACCACAAUGCCUUAUCGAUCUCCAGAUAUGGUCUCCGUAUAUUCUGGCAAAACCAUCACCACUAAAUCUGACAUCUGGGCACUGGGUGUACUGCUGUUCAAGCUGUGCUUCAUGGAUACUCCAUUUGGUGACAACCCUCUAGCCAUAGUCAGCGCUCAGUACAGCGGUUACCAUGACAACCAUUUCAUCUCGAGAUCAACCUCGCGGAAGAGGAUUCCAUAAGAGCGUAGACGGUGGACUGGAUGCUUUUGGUCAUGUCCCAUUCACUCCACAAAGAAUAGGAUCAGAUAUCAACCUGACCACAGUGGCAACCAGUUGUGGAGACAACACGACGCGUACCAACGUACAAACGUCCUAGUACACUCAAGUGGUUAUAUUCGAUCAUGUCACUAGAAGAAAGCAUAUGAACAUUCACCAUGCAGGUACCCUGUACCCUGUACUCUGUAUUCUGUACCCUGCACCCUGUACUAUACGCAGUCAGUCGCUUGUUGUGUAAAAGCUCUCAUUUCGUUUAUUAUAUUUACAUGUACUGUUGGCAUCACUUUCACUUUCUAUUUAUUUACUACUAUUUUUAGACUCAAAGUAUUGAAAAUGCAUCCCUUGGCUUGUGUCUACAUACAAUCAUUAUUGUAUAACCUAUACAACUAUUUGUCUCUUCACAAAUUAGAAUUCAAAAUAGUGUGUCGGAUUGUAUUAGCCGCUGUGUUUAUGUGUUUGCCUGAUAUGGUUGGCUGAUCGAAAUGUCUGGCUGGCGGCUGGCUGUGUUUUCACAUGCUUCUAGAAUCACAUGAAUUUGUGUACUCUUCCUUACUGCAAAUUAUUGGCUUGAGCUAAUUUUUGUCCAUUUUGAGCUUGAGACAAUGAUUGUAAAGCACAGCGAGUUAUUUUUUAGAUGGCAAAUAUGAAAACAUUAGUCACAAGAAUGUGAGACAUGUUUAGCUAUGUGUAUCAUAGUGCUGUAUACUGUAUUACUAGAAUGUUUUGCUGAUGAAAAACCUUCGCGAAUGAGCUAA